CCCGCGUGGGGUUUACCUGGCGGCGGUGUGGCGUGGGGCGCCCUUCCCCGCAUACGGGUUGGAUAUAAAAACUUGCGCUUUGCUUUUGAGUGGAAGCGUCCUUUUUUUGUAACCUUCUGAGGAAACUCAGCUCUCGCUUACACUGGGGUCGGUGCACGGGGUCUAGUAACGCCUCUGGGUGAUCCCGCACUUCAAUCCCUGCAGGAAUAAAAGCGCGGCCUUGGCCCCGCAUAUUUUCCUUUAGAUGCACCGGGCUGCCUGAUCUCCUUCCACCCUAAGGACAGCUGAUCCACGCAGCAGUAAAGGUCCAUCCAGCAAGUAUCCUGCUCCUGUGGGUGCUGAGGAAGAGUAUAAGGAGAGGACAAGUCUACAGCAUUAUUGCUUUUAUUUAUUUACAUUGAAGUGGUGCCUAGAGCCUCUGGCCAAGAACAGGGUUACGUCCCUCCGGCACUGCGCAGACACGAAGAGAUAGCCCGUGCGCUGAAGGGCUGAACAACAUGUUCUUGAGGCCAACCUGGCAGACACUCAGUUUCCAUCCCCUGAUGUCUAUGUGAGUCCCUGAACCUGGCUUCUAGUCAGCACCUUGCAGAGGAGAAGCCGUGGUUGCCUUGGGAGAGCCGAUUGCCACCUUUCAGGCCAGCGAGCUAACGGCAAGAGCCCCUGCUGUUCGCACCCGCUUCUCACCAGGGCUGGUUGAACGUGAAGAGGUUACUGCGUCUUGAACAGCAUCCGAGUGCCAGCAGUUUGGACACCAGAGCGACGUGUCUGAGUGAUGUGCUCCAUUCUGGGGAUCUGGCAGCUGCCCGUUGCAUCUGCUGGAGCUUCAUGGGCACAAAGGCCACAUUCCCCAGUGCCAGGCUCCCAGCCGCAACACAUAGCGUGAUGACUGCCAUCCUGGAGCGGAUAAGCACGCUGUCCCUCAGCGGGCAGCAGCUCAGCCGUCUCCCCAAGCUGCUGGAAGAUGGCUUCCCAAAGAUGCCUUGCACUGUCAAAGAGUGUGAGGUGCCACAGCUCUUCCGGGAACCAUACAUCCACACUGGGUACCGUCCCACUGGCCAGGAGUGGCGGUACUACUUCUUUAGCCUCUUCCAGAAGCACAAUGAGGUGGUCAACGUGUGGACUCAUCUCCUGGCAGCUCUGGCCGUCCUGCUGAGGUUCAAGACGUUUGUGGAGGCUGAGCAGUUACCAGUGGAUGUGUGGUCCUUGCCUUUGCUCAUCUUUAUCCUGUCCUCUGUCACCUACCUGACCUGCAGCCUCCUGGCCCACCUCCUGCAGUCAAAAUCAGAGCUGUAUCACUACACCUUCUACUUUGUGGACUACGUCGGAGUCAGCAUCUACCAGUAUGGUAGUGCCCUGGCCCAUUUCUACUACAGCUCGGACCAGGCCUGGUACGACAAGUUCUGGCUUUUCUUCCUCCCGGCAGCUGCUUUCUGUGGCUGGCUCUCUUGUGCUGGCUGCUGCUACGCGAAGUAUCGGUACCGACGGCCUUACCCCAUCAUGAGGAAGAUGUGCCAGGUGAUCCCAGCUGGGCUGGCGUUCGUCUUGGAUAUCAGUCCUGUUGCACACCGGGUGAUCGUGUGUCACCUGGGAGGCUGUGAAGAAGAUGCUGCUUGGUACCACACAUAUCAGAUAUUGUUUUUCCUUAUCAGUGCUUAUUUCUUCUCCUGCCCAGUCCCUGAGAAGUACUUCCCAGGAUCCUGCGAUAUUGUUGGCCAUGCCCACCAAAUCUUCCACACAUUCCUGGCCAUCUGCACUCUCUCACAGCUGGAGGCCAUAUUAUUGGAUUACAAGAAUAGGCAGGAGAUCUUCCUAAAGAGGCAUGGGCCCCUCUCCAUCUAUCUCACCUGUGGCUCUUUUUUUGGUCUGGUGGCUUGUAGUGCCAUCACAGCUUACAUUCUGCGAUGCCGGAUCAAGGCCAGUCUGGCUAAAAAGGACUGCUGAGAGAGUCACGAAGAUGAUGGACAUGACUUCACCUGGCCAGUGAAAACCAGGAAGAGGGGGAUAAUAUAUUAGAGACAUCACUGGCUUGUUUGCCUAACACGCUCUGACUAACCUGGACCCUGUGGACUGGGGUGGAGGGCUGCAUACUUAAUUCUGGAUGCAUUUUCACAGCAGGGGCUGCCUUCUGCUGUGCAGGGGGACAUGGAGUAUUUUAAACCAGAACAAGUUGCUUAACCAAGGAUGCUAGAAUAGCAGAGGUUUCUUGUUCACACUAGUAAACCUUCAGGGAAUGUCAUACUGAAUGUCAGGGAAGGCAGCCUGAGGGCUGUGAGACGGCAGAAUGGUCUCCUGGGGCUCACAAAGUAGCAGAGAACACAUCUUGAGGAUCAUGGGUGAAUGUGACUACCUGUCUGGGUUUUGCCAUCUCUGCUGUGCUUGGGGGGACCCUAUUACCAUUGAAGGCAGUAGCAAGGCUUCAGGUGGAGUUAACAUUUCUGGGGUUCAGCUGCAAGGGUGCGUGCGAUGCAGUGCCUGGAUUAGUCCUUUGUGCUCCAGCUAGGUUAAGCCAGGUUAUCUCUACAUUUACGCUUCUCAAGACCUCAGUGCCAAGUUGCUGAGAUGGCACUGGCAAAGUAUAUUUGCAGACCUAGGCCUGACGUAGAGCCCUCUAGGAUGAACUGAGUCUGAACCUAAGCCCUGUGUUUGCUGGCAGUUGGUGUGGAUCCAGCCAUCCCUGGCACAGGUGGGGAUUUGAGGUCAACUCUGUCUUCUCUUUCUACGUGAUUGCACCGUCAAUAGAAGAGCUACUUAACAAACCCAGGGAGUCAGACAGUCACAAAAACAGCAAGGUAGGCCCUUUCUCAGUUGUUUGAAUUUGGCCAGCUUAGGGGCAAUACUGCUGGCAGUUUGGUAGCCUACAAGCCAGCUCCUUAAAGGCUCCUCACUUCCAUUUUAAGUGCUUAGCAACUUUUGAGGAACUACGCCUGUGUCUUGCAAGGUGGAACUGGUUCUCAGAGCCUUCUUCAGUAGCGAAGUAUUUCUUCAUUGGCAGAGACUGAGCACUCCUAAGGCCCUCAGCCAGCAUUCAGGGCCCUGUUACCCAGAAGGGGAGACAAACAGGUCAUGCUCGGUAGAUUUCAUGUGGGUGAAUCAUUUUGGCUGCCCGUGUGAUGGGUUUAUGCACUCCUGCAUAGACUGACUCCAUGUUGUCUGCCUAGAGAGUCCGACUGGCCUCCCUUGUGGUCAACACAGUGUAGGUGUGAUCUUUCUGAUACAGGCAAAGCUCUGGGCCCUGGGCCUCCAACAGCCCUAGUAUGGUCUUGGCCAAAAGAGGAUGAUGGUGAAGUGGAUAUGACGUCUUAAAUUCCCUCUUAACCAUAGGAAAGGUGAUUUUCAGCACUCUUGGCAGUCCUUAGCUGGCCUCAUGGGGAAGCUCACCUUGAAGCUGCAAGGUUGCACUUCUCUGACCUAUAGGACUGUGAAUCUGCCAAUGCUGAUUUUUAUCAGCAUUAGAUGAAGGUAGAAAUUAAAUAGUCAGGGCAGGGGCAAAGAAAUUGAGAUUGAAAAUGAGCUAUCUGUUCUUCCUUCUAUUAAUCCUGCUAGUGCCCUUAGAGUCUCUUCUUGUGCUCAAGGCAGGAUUUUCCUGUGGGCAGGUUUCUCUUGCACUUUCUCCAUAUACAGCUCCUUACUCAUGUCCAUGGGACAGACAGAGCACAAAAGCAACAGCUGUGCACUGGCAGGGGGGUUAGAGGAAACAGCAGAAGGCAGGAGCAGGGUGACAGCAGGAGUCUUAUUCAGCAUUAGGGUCUUGUGUAACCUUAGGAUGGCUUUGUCCUUGGGACUUGGUGUUUUCUGUGGGGCGUAGCAAUGAUAGCUGGUCAGGGACACUUCAUGGCCAUGGGUCACUCCUGUCCAAAAUGUAGCAAGGGUUGGUUUGCUGUGUCCCCAAGUAGACGAGUCCCCUUUGUGCUUGCUGAUAGGAAUUUCAGAUCUAGGAGCCCCAUUGUUGCAUUGAAACUGGUAAUACUUUCAGGGCUGGAUGCUCAGAGUUGAAGCAGCCAUAUGGUCCUAACCAGCCUAAACACCUGCUGUUCAGCCCUCGCUUUCCAUGGUAAACCUUGCUGUGGGUCCUGCCAGCUGUACCCUAUGCAAGACCUGCAGCUUUAAAUGCCUUCACAUCAGGCCAGUUUCCAGGAGGUGUAAAUCUUUCCUAAAAGCAAAGAAGUUAUGAGAUCUACUCCAGCCACAGAUUUGUCCCAUUGAGUCCAAGGAUAGGCAAAUGAAUCGUGUUUGCUGGUACUGGGCAGGCAGAGUUUAGGGAUGGGGAUAUGGUUUGUCAUGACAAGCACUGACUUCUGCACUUGAUCUGUUUUUUAACUACUGGAGCGUGCAUGUGUGCAUGUGUGUGUGUGUGUGUGUGUGUGUGUGUGUGUGGAUGGUUUAAUAUUUAGAAAGGUCUUGUUUCUUCUUUUUUAUCUGUAGAGCUUCCUAGCUGCAUCAGGAUCAGUCUGAAGGAAACAGUGCCUCGAUGAUGGAGAAGCUAGGGGGAGCAGACCACAGGAUCUCUGAAAACUAAUCUGUUUAUUAGGUGGUUUGUUGUGUCGUGUCUUGUGGACAAAUCUGAAACUCAUGUCAUUAUUGACAAAUUAAAUGCAAAAGUGGGGGGUUAUUUUUGAUUACAGGAGGUGAAGUCAUAGGAAAGACUUCAAGAGGUCUCUUAGUCCACCCCUUCCUCUUACUGUCUGCCUCCUGCUUCACACCUAGCCCAGCUAGAAGCACCUAGAAGUUGUUAAUGGCUCAGUUGCCUGCAGUGUAUUUUUGACGGUACAGCCACAUUGACUUAACAGAAAAUUGCCAGGGAAAGGGACAGUCCCACUAACACCUCCUCGUGCCUCUUCCCUUGCACAGAAUCUCAUUUGACCUCAGAGUGAGCCAAUGCAGGGAGAUGGACCUGCAGACAACCACCUCUAGUGAAAAAAAGGUGACUAAUUUUCUGCUGGUUUUAACUUUCAGCCAGCUCACUUGGACAACACCACUGCCUGCAGGGAAGGGUUGGGUACACAAAGCUGAAGCGGAGGCAAACAGCAGUUCUUCCUUACAACAGCAGUUGGUUACUUGACUGUCUUAGCUGAUGGACUGCCCCCUUCAUGGUCUCUGCCACUUUACUUUUGGGUCUCCUCCCAGUUCAGGGAAUGACUUCCAGUGGGAGCGUUAUUUCUUCUCAGAGACAAACUUGCCUUGCUUUUGCAGUAGUUUAAAGCAAAAGAAGCCACCUAGUGUGGAUCUGGCUGGGAUAAACGGGUUUCUGUGCAGGAAGGGGAGUAAGCCGGGCUGGUCCACUGCCCCUUUCUGUGCUAAAAAUGAGAAGGAGAGGGCAUUGCUGCUAAUAACAAGCCCUGCUCUGCUGCUCACCUAGAGUUAUACUGGUACUGAAGGCAGGGAUCACCCAGGCCUUUCCUUCUCUAAGAGUCUGAAAAUAGUUAAUAUGUCCUGUCCUAGGCAAAGGAGGAUAAAUACAGCAAUGCCAUCCAGUUCCUCUCACUGGGAAGAGGAGGUGCCUUAUGGCUCUUCUGAGGUGAGAGGCUGCUCCUGGCAUUUCUGGUCACACCAUGUCAUCUCCUCCCUGGUCUAGUAGAAGUGAAACUUUGGCCAGAAAGAGAACUUUCUGGAACAAUUCUGUGUGUGAUGGUGGUGGUGAUUUGACCUAUUCCCAUGUUACCCCUCAGGUGAUGCCACCCGUGUCCCCAUGUGACCCUGCACUCAGACCUGGAGCUGACCUCCUGGUUACUAUGAUGGGCUGAUGUAGCAGGGAAUUGCAAUAUAGAUCGCUGCUGCUGUGGGGAAUGCACCUUUGUGUCACAAGAGGCUCGUCUACACUGGAGCUUCCUCCAUCCAUGUGUCUUUCCUCCUCCUCUUCCUCCAACCACUUAAUUUAUUUUCCUCAUCCCAAGAAUUUAUCCUUGUGCCUUAUGCACCUGGCUGCCUACCUGUGCAGACUCUGUAUGCUCUGCAGUCUGCUGCAUCUCACCUGGGCUGGGACUGGAAGGUGGCUACCAAUGCCCUCCUCAAAGCUGUGCUGUUGAUCUAGGGGAGAAGACCGUGACUGCGUCCUGAGAGAGUAAAAGUGCUGCUGUGCUAAACGCUCGGCCCAUCUGAAGGCAUCUCAGGGACUCGUGCUUUGGGCUCAGGGCCUGGAGUGCACCUUCUUCCAUCCUGGUGCUCCUCUAAGGAGGCAUGGCUGGAAGGCAUGUGACCAGCUGCAGGGGUUUGGUGGAGAGCUGACCACCAAAGGCUGAGCACUUCUGAGAGUGAGUCAUGAAGGGACCAAGGUCCUAACCCUCUCCCGCAGGAAUCUCCAGUCCUGCAGUAGCAUUUUUGCAGCUCUUGUAGCCCCAGAUACGUACCGGUCAGCUCCUGAGAAUUCAUCCCAGCGUGCCUUAUGCUGUUCCCUUUUGGGAUUCAUCCUGUGGGGACCCCAGCUAAUACCCACUGACAGAAUUUGCUUGGUAUAAGGAGCAGACGAGGAGGAUGGAAAGAGAUGCCUUAAACUUAUAUUUACGCUGAUUGAUUUGUGUAACAGGGCAAGGACAGGUUCCUCCUGUGCCUUGCUAUUUACAUCUUUUACUGACAAGAUUGUUUUUAAGCACUGUUUGUUACUAAACAUAAGUACAAAGGCAUUUGUAUUUUUCCCUGGAAAACAGGGAAGAGUAUGAGUGUUACGUAUUAACCAUUCUGUUCCCAAUCCCCAUUUGCUGACUUUGUAUUGUUGAAAACAUUGACAAUAUUUUAAGCCUUGUAUUGCACUGAUCAUUAUUUAAACUCCUCAGUGAAAAUAGACAUGUGUAAAAGCAAAAUGAUUGGUGUGGUGUGAAAUGCACAAAUGCAAAACUAGAGAAGGUUUUGAGUCAUUAGGAAGAAAAUUUGGCCUUUUAGAGUAGGAGUGGGUAGUAAUUAUAAUUAACAGUAGGGUGCAGUUUUUAUCUGUGUAUCUCCAAGCAUUUUCCAGGCUUCACAGUAACUAUGUGAUUAUCAUUCCCUUUUCACAGAGGAGGUGCAGAAUGACUGCCUUGACACUGAUUACAGGGAUUAAAGGUCAUCAUCUGCAAAAGUA